AUGCGUAGAUCGUCCAAUGAGCGUCGGGAUUACGGCUCCGGAGCGGAAGUGCACGCAGAGCUGAUUUGCAACCCGCCGGAACCAAAGCGGAGACGGAGGGAAAAUGUCGCUCGCGUCGUCGCGGACCGUUCUAGGAUCAGUGUCCUGUUAGGAGGCUCCAGGCGGCGGCUCCGGUGAGUGGGACCCGGCACCAGUUGCACCCGAGACUGAAACCUCUGCUCUUGUGCUGCCAUGAGUGGUUUAAUCUUUCUACAGAGAAAGUAAAAAAGCCAAGACAGGUUCAAUGUGUGAAAGUUAGCAGUCAGCUCACUCACUCCCUCAGCUUUAACCAUAACCCUUUUAAAAAGAGGAAGGUGUACUGUAACACCACAUGGGCCUCGGAGGCCACCUGAUCUGAUCAUUACUCCUCUGGAGCCUCCUCUCUCAGCUUGAAGGUUAAAACCUCAGCAAAGCCAUGGAUCAAACCACCAGGGUUGUGGGUGUGGACACCCAGGGGAACUUGCUUUACGCAUUGGUGAAGCCAGUAAUGGGCAUCUUCCAAGUUCCCUCUGACCAAGCCGGCAGCGUGGUACAAGGGGGCAUGGACCUCCAGGGUUUAUCUGAGAACACGCUGGUCCUCCCUCAAAUGCAGGGCCAGGCUCCCCUCGAUCAGAACCACAUGGAGAUGCACAACAUGCUGCCUCACAUGCAGCCUCAGAUGCAGGUUUCUGCUCCCGUCCACGCCCAGGAUGUGUCUCAGAACCAGGAGACGCCACCGAACCCCAGCACCAAUUCAGGGUCUGGGACCCAGAUGCCCUUCGCAGAGGUGUCGUCCCUCCUAGAUCCGAACAUGAAGGGAUCUAAAGCUCGGAAGUAUCUCAUCUCGUACGAUGAAAUCAAACGGCGCCUGCAGGACCCGGAGAAGAUGUCCCUGCGCUCGCUGGCAGCGUACACUCGUGUCAGCAGAGGACCGGCCAGCAAGAAAACACUUCUCGAGUCACUCAAUGUUCUCGGCCUCACUCCAAGCACAACUACCUCCGUAUCCUCCUCGUUCUCCAAACUCACAGAAGGCGACACCAGGGCUUUGUGUGAAGAUAUGAAAGAUUUCUCUCAGGACUACAUUGAUUACAGCAACAUGGCGAAGCAGCUCAUCCCAGAGACCAACACAGUUCAACACUGGUCCAAAAUGAUUGAAACCAAGAAUCACCUCGAGGAUAUGAGGAAAUGUUUCAAGGAUCCGAUGAACAGCGGUGCGUUUGACAACGUGACUCACGGCCUCGGCCUGGGGAUGCUGGACGUCGCACUCGACAUGAUCCUCAUGGUGAUCGAGCAGCAGAUCCGCAUCUUGUCUGGUGCGGCGGCGUCAGACCCGGUCGACACCGGUCCGCCGAUGCGCCGUAUCCGCAGGCGCCACCGUAAAACCCACUUAAAUAACGUGGAGAUGCCUCACAAGGUGACUGGGGGGGUCAAGGACCAAGGGAAGGUCAUUUCCAAAGGAAAGGGGCGCGGCAAAGCCAGGAAGAAAACAAGACAGGAACCCGUGGCGGUCGGUCCAGUGGAGACACCGGCAGACCAGUACAAGCCAGACAACGUGGAGGGCAACGUCCUCACACUGGUUUCUGUGGGAUAUGAGACUGUUUCCACUGGGCUCAACACAGCUGGAACUGUUUGACCACUGGUCACACCACAGGUCAAAGGGACCAAUGCAGUCCCAUUCAAAGAGACACAGCAGUGGGCAGUCGGCUCUAGUUGAGCUUCAUUGAGUUCCCAUGAAGACGAGGACAGUUGUAGUGAGCUCAGCAUCGCAGUGCAAAAAUCUGUGUCCCAAUUCAGGGGCCUGCAUCCUUCUAUUUAAAUGUGUCCUUUCAUUCCUAAAAAAACAAAGGAUUUCCAACAGGUGGAUCCUUCUCGGGCCAACUUCCUCCAGGAUUCAUCGUGUGCCGGUGGCUGAGCUCCAAGUAGCUAACGAUGCCUUGGGAAGAGCGAGACAAGCUGGUGACUUGAAAUUCUCUGUAGACUGGACUGUCUCUGUCUCUGGCCUGUGAAGGAGGCCGUCCCUGGACUGGGACACAGAUAAUGUCACAUGUUGGAGUCCGCUGGAGGCAGCAGCAGGGAGUUAGCUUUACUUAGCAGCAAGACUGGAAACAGGGAAGCAGAUAACAUUCAAUUUAAAUUACUAACAACUGGCGUCACUUCAAAUUAAUUAAUAAUUGGAAUUAUUAGAAAAAAUACUUUCUUUUGGCCUGGCUGUGUUUCUUCCUGUAUUAUAAUAAUGGAAACUUGCUAAUCAGUCACAAAAACCAAAGCAUAAAAACAGCAACUAGUGUUUUACAGGCAGGUUUUAAGUUUCUUGACUGUAACAAGCUCACGUUUCAACAUUUGAUUUAUAAAGUGUUAAGUCCGUUUUGUUUCCUAAGAGCCAGGCUAUCUCUUGUCUUUCUGCUAAGCUAAGCUAACUAGCUGCUGUGACAUGUGACAGAUGUGAGGUUGAUCUCCAUCUUCUCAUCUGACAUUUGGCAAAAAUGUGAUAAAGCACAUUUCCUGAAAUGUCGAACUGUUUCAUUAAGUGACUCCUCUGUUUCUUUAGUAGGGUUUGUAUGUAUUUCGAUGUAUAAACUGAAUCCUGUCACAUUAUAUUUUUCUGUCUUAGGUAUUUUUUUAGCGAACAGAAAAACCAAGGAAUGUAAAAUGUAAAGAGUUUGUUCAUGCACAAGUACAGUUCACAGUUAACUAUAUCCGAGGUCUUGAUUUUUAUUAUUGUUUUGCCAGUACAACGUCUCCUGUUACACUCUUUUAUUUAUUGUUUAGAUUUCCUGUGCUGUUAUUCUGUACUAGAGUGAUGAAAAUAAUGUCUGUCUGUUUUUACUGGAGUAAAAUAUGAAGAUUUAAUUUUCAUAA